AUGAACCCAUUCAACACAAACAACAAUCACGGCGGUUAUUAUGCCCCACUUCAGACUACCUCGUCAACAGCCCCUAGGAGCCGCCGCAAGGGUCCCCGCCUUCAGAAGACAAAUAAUACUGUCUUGUCUCAGGAUGGGAUUCCAUACCACUCGCUCCCCAACUUCUUCAGCUUUCACUCUGGCAGCGAUGCAGCCGUCAACGAGGCUGGUGGGCCAAACGUGUUGAACUAUGCUGAUGCAGGUGUGGGGGGCAGGACAGUAUCUGGAGCGAGCUUGGGUGGACAGUGGGAUCUGAUUGGCCACUCGGGCGUAUCUGCGAUGCAUGCUGUGAUGCGACCCUUCUCGGACAGCAUUCUCUUCCUGGAGCGUGUUCAGGCUUCGACUUAUGCAAGGAUGCAGGGGACGAGUGAGAAUGGCAACAAGGGUGAACACUUUGCUUGGUCUACAGAGUUUUCGGCUAAUGAUGGUCAGUGGCGCGCGCUAGACGUCAAGAGUAAUAUGUUCUGCAGUGCUGGAGGAUACCUUCCCGACGGAACGAUUGUCUCUGUUGCAGGGGGACAACCUUCGGAUGAGGUGCAGCAAGGCUAUGACGGCAUCCGACUGUACAAGCCCUGCAAUGGCACGCGAUGCGACUGGAAACAAGACUUUAACGUGCAUUUACAAGAGAAACGCUGGUACCCAACAGUCGAAUCCCUGGCCAACGGCGACCUCUUCAUCCUAGGUGGAUCCAACCAUGCAGCAUCCAUCAACAACGAGCGUGUCAACGUCCCCAACUUUGAAACCUUCCCACCCUUACCCGGGGCAAGAAAGACCAUUGAUUUCCCCUUUCUAGUCGAAACCUUGCCCCACAACCUCUACCCCAUCGUCCAUCUCCUUCCCGAUAAAAACCUCUUCAUCCUCGCCAACACCCAAGCCAUCAUCCUCUCGACCUCAACCUGGAAAAUCAUCAAGCGCCUUCCUGAUAUCCCUGGGCCCCCCCGGAACUACCCCCUCACGGGCGGGUCUGUCAUCCUCCCGCUCACGCCCGAGAACAACUUUGAGCCCGAGAUUUUGGUCUGUGGAGGCGCGACUGAUUUCUCGACCCGGGCCAAGGGUGUUGCCUCAUGCGGUCGUAUUGCACCCCUGUCAAAGAACCCCACCUGGGAGAUGGAAGACAUGCCGUUUGGGAGGAUGAUGCCCGAUAUGGCGCAUCUGGCCGACGGUUCGAUUGUGAUUGUCAAUGGGGCCGAUACCGGCACUGCCGGAUUCGACCGUGCUUCAGAUCCUGUCCUCCACCCUGUCCAGUACCUGCCUAACGAGCGUAAAGGCCGUCGCUUCCGUGUUUGGAAUCCAAGUGUGAUUGCGCGCAUGUACCACUCUGUCGCAUUUAUCUUGCCCGACUCGAGUCUUUUGGUCGCAGGAUCAAACCCUAACGGUCGUCCUGUUGAAUACGGAGAGGGCGACUUUCCAACAGAGUUCCGUGUCGAGCGGUUCAGCCCUCCUUAUCUUUUCCCUCAUAGACUCUCUGAGGCUGCGGCGGUUGGCCUUGAAGGGUCGGACGAGAUCACUUUGGAAGGAACAGUCGUUGGUGGUGGCGGUGGUGCUGCUCCCAGCGGAGUUGACAACGAGCACGGAGGAGGUAUCUCUCAAAUCGCUCAGGGCGAUAUUGUUGGCUGGCCGACCUUGAUCACCUACGGCGAGACGUUUGACCUGUCCCUGCAGUGGUACAACCACUACCCCGAAACUGUCCGUGUGGCCUUGAUCCAACCUGGAUUCAUCACCCACUCGACUCAUAUGAGCCAGCGCUAUGUCGGGCUAGAAGUUUCCAAGCGUGGAGAAAAGAUGGUCGCUGGUACGGGAGAGGCACACAAGGAAGCUGGACUGGUUCGAGUCAAGGCUCCUGCUACAAACGGGUUAGCGCCGCCUGGUCAUUAUAUGAUUGUUGUCUUGUUGGAUGGCGUCCCUGUGACUGAAGCAAAGUGGGUUCAACUCGCUGCCUAG